UACAGCACAACCCGCUGCCGGGGAGGAGAUACGUUUUCCUGAGGACGCGACAGUCGAGGAUAUGAUGAAGUUGUUGCCGCGCCCCAUCACCAAGCAGAGCCUGCGAGCCCUUCUCGCGAAUCUGCCGUGCCUCCGGGAGCGUGCUGAGAAUGAAACUUGGAUCCGGAUUGAAUGCGACAAGUACGUACUGUACCUGAACAAGAGAGAUGUAUGGAGCAUAGUGAAGUCAUUUAAAAAACAGCCAAAUACCAUGUUCCGUGAGCUCAUGGUGCUGUGUGUGCCGACUGUUGUACUGGCGCUCCCCUUCAUGACGGCGGCAGGGACCGGCGGGACAGUGGGCAUCCCAGAAGAUGUGUGGAAAGGACUCGCGCACUAUGUGGGUACUAAAUGUGAAGGAUUCAUCAAAUCACCAUCAAAAUGUGUCUUGAACCUGAUCCGCGACGCCAAGUCCGAUCCAAAGGUGCAAGGGAAGGUGUGGAGGCUGCUCAACGAACCGGCAGUUCCAGCUCCAGCUCCAGCUCCAGCAGCCAACGAACACCAUGUACCUGUCGAGGCCAACAUUGACCUUCCCCUUGGACAGCUUGCAGGCGCUGGCGACAAUCUUGUUGGUGUCCCCGCACCUAUGGCAGGAGCACCCGUAGCCAUGCACGCUAAUGUGUACCCUGUAGGGCAGGACUGGAAUAAUAAUGCUGCAAAUGAUUUACAACAUGGCUAUGGUGGGGGCCUUUAUGGGGGCUAUCAAUGAUAUUGAUUAAUUGAUGGUAUUGAUGUAUUCAAUCUCAAUAUUUUUUUUU